AAGGAACGGAAGCCAGCAUUUUUUUUUUUCAUUUCUUUCCUUUUUCUUCUAUCUUAUUUUUUUUUCAAGUCACUCAUUACCCCUUCCCAUUUCCUUUUUAUUUAUUUUCUUUACCUUUCUUUAUUUAUUUUUAUUAUUGAUUGAAAGGUGGCGAAAACCACAUUAUCCUCGAUUCAUAUUAUGCGGGCAUCUCGAGGCUUACAAGUCACUUCCUUGGUCGUUUUAUCACCAGUUGCUUUGAUUCUCUUUUCACUUUUGGCAAUAUUGACUUCAACUCUUUUUUCUCAACUUCAAUCUUGGUGUUUACCCAUUGUAUCACUUCAAUCUACUCGUACUUUAUCGAGAUGGGCUACAACAGCUAUGACUCUUUCAUACAACAAUUACACCAUCACGGACGAUACUUUUUUAUCACCUCCUGACGAUACCACCUCAACAAUCAACGAUAUGAAUAACAAUAUGAUCAAUUUUCGACCACCAUCUUUGAUACAAAUAUGGUUGAAACGAUGGCGUUAUUCAAAAAGAAAAUCACCUUCACUAUGGACUUGUUGUGGUAUUUCUAUUAUCAUUGGUCUUGUCUUUAUCAACAAGAUGCAUGUGCAAAAAUGUCAAUUAUAUGAAGCCUUUGUCAAAUUCAUCACUCACGCAGCAUUGAAAGCACGUCAUGGUCUUAUUCUCUGCAAUAACAAAGUAAAUUAUUGGAUGGAGUAUCUUUUUACGGAUUCAUCACAACAACAACAAUUGAAAUCAACGUCCGACAUGAUAUGGAUAAACAAUGAUGAUAUUGACAAACAAGAUGGCAAGACAAAAUAUUCACAUGUCCGACCCAAAACUUCUUCUUCUGGCUCCACAACUAUUGGACAUCGGCACUCUAUGAAAAAAUCCAAAAAACAACAUCAUCAACGUACUUCUGCAAUCAAAAAUCAAUUUAUAUUGACAACGACAACUACAACCAUUGAUCACAAUAGUAACAUUCCUGGAACUUGUACUGUGGAUACACCUACCAGUAACAUUGUCGACCCUAGUUAUGCGAAUACUGAUGAUUGGGUCAGCGUCGGUGAAAAGAAAAGGAAGGACACAAUGGAAACAUUUUUUUCACAACAACAACAACAACAACAACAACAACGACUAAAUCAGCAAGAGCAACAUUAUCAUCAUCAACAACAGGAGUUAUUACACAACACAGACAAUAGCGACAAGGUAUCCAGUGAUAACUUGGAAGAGCAAGAUAACAACUGUGGUGAUGACGAUGAUUCUGACAAGACAAUUGUGGAAGAAGAUCAUAUUCAAUUGACUGGAACAACACCUACAACGAGCGAUGAUGAAACAGAUUUGGGUUCUCCUUGCUUCUCUUCAUCAGAUGGCGUGUAUCAUCAACAUCAACAUCUUGAGCCUACUAUUCGAAACUGGUAUUCACCGUUCUCAACUGGUUUGGAUAUUGAUAUUUUACCACGACAUGAUCCACUGACCCAAUUGGACCCUAUGCAAUUGAACAAAUCCAACAUGAUGCCUUACUAUCCUGUAUACAACAAACCAGCGGCACACAGAACUUUACCUUUCCGUAGUACUCAUCGACUGCAACAUCACCAUAUUGACAACUUUUCAUUAUUACAAAAUCACCCUUUUAUAUCUCAUCCUCAUCGUAUACACGCACAUCAAUCCUUGUCCCAUAUCCCCUCCACUUCAUCUCUUGGUGUCAUUGGUCAACAUGUUCCUUCCUCUCCUCCUUCUAUCACCAAGCCUGUACAAAAUUCAAAAUCACGCCGUUUUUCUCUUUUUAUUUGACUCUUGUUCCCCCCCCCUUUUUUUGUUCGAUGUGUACAUAUACUCUUCUCUUUCAAUAAAGAUCAUUGCUAAUGCUGACCCUUUGUUUUUAUAUUUUAUUCAUCAUCUGUCUUAAAAAAAAUAAUGAUUAUCUAAAGUAUCUUUUUAUUUUUUUUAUAUGUCAUCAGAUUCUCUCCCUUUCUAUUAUAUCGUCUCAUCCAUCCUUACUCCUUCAUAGUUAAUACCAUCAUCCAUCCUAUCCCCUGCUUUUAGUUACUGUAUAUGAAUGACAUGGCUUCCACUCCUUCCAUGUGAUAUAAAACUUGUUUUACUAGUUUAUGAAAUAAACACUUU